AUCUUGAUAGUUCCGGUACAUUAGCAAGGCACUUGUUAAUAUUUAUUUAAAGCUUAAAGUUACACGGUUAAUAAAGUUGUUUAGGAGUAGAGAGACCGAAAGACUCCUCCCCUAACUCCACGCGUCACCUUUAUAAACGUCAAAUAGUGGCUCGUCUUGCUCGAGUAGAACAUCUUUGUGGUGCAAGUUAACUCUUUAUUACGUCAGUCAAACAUCAGCAGGUGAACGAAGUACGCUAACGAGCCACAAGGACUUCCAUUUAUUUAGUAAACUCAGCAAUUGCGUCACGGACCGGUUCCGGCCCCCGGACCGGUGAUUGGGGAUGACUGAUUUACAUGAUCCAACAAAGGUGCAAUAAUUAGAAAUGGCUUCCCAAAUCCGUCAAAACUUUCACCAGGACUGCGAGGCUGCCAUUAACAGACAGAUAAACCUUGAGCUUUAUGCCUCUUAUGUGUACUUCUCGAUGGCAUACUAUUUUGAAAGGGACGACAAAUUCCUACCAAAUUUUGCCAAGUUUUUUAGUGCCCAGUCCAAAGAGGAGUGUGAGCACGCCGAGAAGCUGAUGACUUUCCAGAACAAGAGGGGAGGCAGGAUUUUUUUACAGGAUAUUAAGAAACCUGACCGAGAUGAAUGGGGCACCUGCCUGGAGGCUUUGGAGUGUGCUUUGCAGCUGGAGAAGAGUGUAAACCAAUCCCUGCUGAAGAUACAGGAAAUGGGCACGCAGCACAACGAUCCUCAUCUGUGUGACUUCAUUGAGACUCACUAUCUGGAUGAGCAGGUCAAGUCCAUCAAGCAGCUUGCUGACUGGAUCUCAAACCUGCAGCGCAUGGGAGCACCACAGAACGGCAUGGCUGAGUACCUCUUUGACAAACACACCAUGGCUGAGGAGGCCAGUCAAACAUAAGCAGAUGAUUUUAAAUCAAUCUCCUCUCCUCAAUCAAAACUGCUGUUAUUUGGAGAGCACAAAGCCAUAAAAUGCUAGCACUUUGAGGUCUCACUUAUUGACUAGUACUGUAUGCUGCUGACGUGCUUCACAAAAAGGUUUAAAAGCAUUCCAAAUUAAUCAAAAUGAACAGUUGCAACCAUCCUAGUGUCACUAUUUGCAUUUUUGGUGAAUUUAGUGUGAGAAAAUUGUAAGAUCCUUUUCACUGUAUGUCUGGAAUCAUGCACUUUGAGAGAGAGCCACUAGGUAGCAGUAGAUAUAAGAAAUUACAAUACUAAGACAUAAUAUUUCUUGUUUGAUUUUACAUCAUUGGCCAACAUAAAAAGUGGUUAAACUCAAGGUUGAAGACUUUGGGUCAAUUUUAAUCUGGUAUAUGACAAUAAUGACACCCACCACAUAGUAGACCACAACAACAUGAUUAUUAUUUUUGUUAUUGGGCAACUCCUGAAAAUCACUUGGCUAGUAUGUGUUUUCCAAGAGGUUACAUGACAUUUUGUAAAACACAAACAUUCAAUGAGCCUAAUGUUCCUGUGUUGAUUUAACCAAAACAAAUGUACUGAUUGUAACUGUAACUGAUUGAAAAGCAAAUCUAAGUAAAGAUCAGUGACUGAAUGUAGGCCCCCAGUCUUUUUUUAAGCUAGGAUCCUAUUAGUACACUUUUUGAAGUAAAGAAUGCUCAUGUCAUAGUUGCAGAUGUACAAUAAGGUCAUUUUCUCUGUUAGCACUGUGGGCUAAAGUGUAUACACAUUGAUUGUUUAUAAAAAAAAUAAAAUAAAGCAACAAUAAACAUUA